AUGUGCAAGGAAUUCCAUCAGCGUCGUCUAAUCAACCGCUGCCUGAGAGUGCACACUAUCCAAACCCAAUGCCCCCCCCAUACAAGCAACACCUCCCCAUCUCCUCCCACGCUGCAUAACUUGAUUGGAAAUCCCAUCGGCUCUCCGCCAAUGACGGUGGCACCCGUUCUACAACAGGUUGCUGAACCUAUCAACCCUGUAGUGCCCAAUGGACCCGAAAAUCAAGUGCCUAAUAUCGUGCCUACAGCUCCGCCUCCAAGCACAUCACCACCUCCUGCGGUGGUCAAUGGUGGUUCUCGGCCUUCAAAUCCGAAUAUAAUCGGGAAUAUCUCAGCGUUCGCCUUUGGCAAACCAAAACUGCCGCCUGUUUCUGAGUCACCAAUCUUACCGGCUGUAAAUGGGUCGAUACCUGAGACGUACACGCCUCCUCCUCCUGCUUCGGCUUAUUCGCCUCCUGCUCCUGCUCCUGCGACUUAUACGCCUCCUGCCUCGGAUUAUGCGUCUUCCCCACCGACUUCAUCUCAUACUCAUUCACCGUCUUUCUCCAACAAUCAGUCAUAUAACCCAUACACAAGUCCGACUCCGUUGACCAGCGACGUGACUAAUCAGAGGCCUCCGAUUCAGCACGCCAACUCGGCUCCUGUGCUUCAAUACGAGCAGCCUCAACAGUAUGUUCCUCCAACGCCCCAGCAUUCUUACACGAUGCCCCCUCCACAACACCCGUCUGCAUCUACGCCUCGCCCACCGGUCGCACCUCAAACUCCUCAAACACCAAGCUCGCCAGGACCACUGUCGCAGUUAAGCAUCCCUAAGCCCAAGAUCAACUGGAAGCAGGGUGUUUCGCUCGGUCUGAAAGCUGCUCAGGGUCUCAACAAACUUGUGAACGUAUUUGAGGGCCAGCCCGCAAACCAGCCGGAUACAACAGGAACAUUAUUGAACCUUGCGCAGGUGGGGGUGAAUGCAGUUGGUGGAAAUAAUAACCAGACGCAACUGCAAGCGGGCGGGACUCAGGCGGGUGGAACUCAGCCAGGUGGUACCCAGGCUCAACAAAUGCAAAAUCCGCAAAACUUGGAUAUGAACGCGUUAUAUAAUCUGAUCGCAAACAACUCCCAAUCGAACAGCUUCGGCGGUGACCAGUCAAACCAAGGAUUUGACGCCAGCGCCAUCUAUAAUCUCAUCGCCAACAGCGGCGGGACUAGCAAUGACCAGAAUCAGGUCUUGGUGCAGGAGACGGAAACUGUCAGCGUAUUCGACAACGGAAAUGGCAUGACUUUUGUCGAUACGACAGUGGUGGACUCUUGGCAAACCACCUAG